AUGUCUCACCUUAUUACUUUAGCUACGUGUAAUUUGAACCAAUGGGCCCUAGAUUUUGAAGGUAAUAGAGACCGUAUUUUAGAAUCUAUCAGGGUCGCCAAAGAAAGAGGUGCCAGAUUACGUGUUGGUCCAGAACUAGAAAUUACUGGUUAUGGAUGUUUAGAUCAUUUUUUAGAAAGCGAUGUCUGUCUCCAUUCGUGGGAAAUGUAUGCACAAAUAAUUAAAAACGAGAAAACUCAUGGGUUAAUACUUGACGUCGGUAUGCCAGUUUUACAUAAAAAUGUUCGUUACAAUUGUCGUCUUCUAUCAUUGGAUGGUAAAAUAUUAUUUAUAAGACCCAAAAUUUGGUUAGCAAAUGAUGGUAAUUAUAGAGAAAUGAGGUUUUUCACUCCUUGGAUGAAGCCUGGUGUAGUGGAAGACUUUAUUCUCCCACCUGAAAUUCAAAAAGUUACAGGUCAGAGGCUUGUGCCAUUUGGUGAUGCUGUAAUAAAUUCUUUGGACACUUGCAUUGGUACAGAAACUUGCGAAGAAUUAUUUACACCCCAAUCGCCUCAUAUUGCCAUGUCGUUGGAUGGUGUGGAAAUCAUCACAAACUCGUCUGGUUCUCAUCAUGAAUUGCGUAAGUUGAAUAAAAGAUUAGACUUAAUUUUGAAUGCCACUAAACGUUGUGGUGGUGUUUACUUGUAUGCUAAUCAAAGAGGUUGUGAUGGUGACAGAUUAUAUUAUGAUGGUUGUGCCCUGAUUGCCAUCAAUGGUACGAUUGUAGCUCAAGGGUCACAGUUUUCCUUAGAUGACGUAGAAGUUGUUACUGCUACCGUAGAUCUAGAAGAAGUGAGAAGUUAUCGUGCGGCUAUUAUGUCCCGGGGUUUGCAGGCUUCUUUAUCAGAAAUCAAGUUUAAACGUAUCGAUAUUCCUGUAGAACUAGCCUUAAUGACCUCCAGAUUCGAUCCUACAGUAUGCCCAACAAAGAUCCGAGAGCCCUUUUACCACUCUCCUGAGGAAGAAAUUGCUUUGGGUCCAGCUUGCUGGAUGUGGGAUUAUUUGAGACGUUGCAACGGCACAGGGUUUUUCCUGCCUUUGUCUGGGGGUAUUGAUUCUUGCGCAACCGCAAUGAUUGUUCAUUCAAUGUGCCGCUUAGUAACGGAGGCCGCUCAGAAUGGAAACCAGCAAGUUAUCAAAGACGCUCGUAAGAUAACACGUAGUGAUGAUGAUUGGGUCCCAAGCACUCCACAAGAGCUAGCCUCAAAAAUGUUCCAUUCAUGUUUCAUGGGGACAGAAAAUUCAUCUAAGGAGACAAGAAGUAGAGCUAAAGAUCUUUCAAAGGCUAUUGGAUCCUAUCAUGUUGACUUAAACAUGGACUCCCUGGUAACGAGUGUAGUGUCUUUAUUUGAAGUGGCUACGGGCAAAAAACCAAUAUUUAAAAUCUUUGGUGGGUCUCAAAUCGAAAAUUUGGCUUUACAAAAUAUCCAGGCGCGACUAAGAAUGGUUCUUGCUUAUCUGUUUGCCCAACUAUUGCCGUGGGUUCGUGGCAUUCCAAAUUCCGGCGGUUUGCUGGUGCUAGGUAGUGCCAAUGUUGAUGAAUGUUUACGUGGUUACUUGACGAAAUAUGAUUGUUCUUCGGCUGAUAUUAACCCCAUCGGAGGUAUAUCAAAGACCGAUUUGAAAAGUUUCAUUGCAUACGCUUCUAAAGAAUAUGACAUGCCAAUCUUGGACGACUUUUUAAAUGCUACGCCAACCGCAGAACUAGAACCGAUGACAAAGGAUUAUGUUCAAUCAGAUGAGAUAGAUAUGGGAAUGACUUACGAGGAAUUGGGUGUGUUUGGUUAUUUAAGAAAAGUUGAGAAAUGUGGUCCUUAUUCUAUGUUUUUGAAACUUCUUCAUCAAUGGUCACCAAAAUUAUCGCCUCGUCAAAUAUCUGAAAAGGUUAAAAGAUUCUUCUUCUUCUAUGCUAUCAAUAGACAUAAACAAACCGUUUUAACUCCUAGUUAUCAUGCUGAACAAUAUUCACCAGAAGACAACAGAUUUGAUUUGCGUCCCUUCUUAAUCAACCCAAGAUUCCCAUGGGCUUCAAGAAAGAUUGACGAAGUUGUUGAACAAUGCGAAUCGCACAAAGCCUCGAAGCUUGACAUUAUGUCAAUUGAUUAG